AUGGUCCGAAUGACUACGCUAGAAAAUAUUACUGAGCAUUUACUCAAUAGAGCACAGGAAGCUGUUUUGCAAUUGGAAUUAUGGAUAUCACAAGAACAAAACUUACAACAACCAGAGUGUUAUAACAGAAAAGAAGAUCUUAAGGACACAUACAGCAUAUACGUCGCGCAGUUGAAUUCCUUAUGCGUACGAUCCGAAUAUGUGAUGAGUAAGCUCAAUCAAGAACGUACUCAGCGACCCUCUAAUUACACCAAUCGUAGAUAUAUUGAGGAUCUUGUGUACGAAUUUCAGGAUGUGACGACCAGGCUCAAUGAUUUGGCGCUGCUUCAAAAAAAGGAUGGAACUCCUUCCUCAAAAUCGUCGAAAUGUAGCUGGGAUUCAUUUCAACCGAAACCAUUGAAGAUCACAGAGCGUCAUCGCUCACACAUGGAGGCUACUCAAUUAUCGCCCAUUAGAAAAGAUAAUAAAAAGAAAGUGGUCAUAUUUUCCGAGCUUCAGGAUAGUCCAAUGAAUUGUUCGAAAUGUGUCUCCUUACCAGGCUCUCCCUUGAAGGAAGCGAACAAGAAUACGGUUCGUCUGGCGAAAUCUUACGAUACAGGUCUGAACGGAAACUCGACUUCUCGAUCUGCACAUUCUAACAAAAAUGAUGUCAAAUCUUUCUUCAAAGGUAAGCAACGUAUAUCUAUUUCACUUUUUGAAGAUUGUGAAAUGGACGAAGAUUCCAUGUCCGACCAAGACACAGUCAUAUCAAUUAAUUUUCGCGACGACGGCAAGUCAGUGCCGUUGAGAAGAUACAAUUCACAUGAAAGUAUCUUGUCAGUAAAAAAACAGCCAAGCGUAUCAAGCAGAUUUCAGCCCUCCCCCUUUCCCAGCCGAAUCAAUGGUCCUUCCAUGAAAAGUGUUCGCAUAAGCAGUGAACCUGUAUUUUCAAGAGCCAGCAAAUCGGUAUGCUCUAGACAGUUGCUUUCAGAAUUCGUAAAAAGAUCGCAGGGGAUUACGGAAGUAAAAGAAAUUACUGAAAACAGCUCUUUUUUCACUCGAUGGAAUCCAUUUAGCACAAAGCCUGCAAUUUCAAAAGAAGUUAAAACGUCGCAUGAUGCAGGGCAAAAAAUAACUGCCUCUCAAGCAUUGAAAAAGACUACCUUAUGCGAUCUCCGAAGCGAAUUGAAAUUUGUUUCGCAAAGAAGAGAGCCCGCUGGCCCUGUUUUGGAUAGUACCAUUGCUUAUGAUGACUUACGAGAAGCGCUGAACACAGAUUUGAUUUUGUAG